AGUGCUCGAAGUGCAACUUCCGUGUGUGGCCGUUCUGACAGUGCAGCGACACAUUUCUUUCUCCAUCGGCAGCGCGCGUGGUGUGAUCGUUGUGCUCAGUCCAGUCCAGUGCUCCGCGAAAUACCUAAUAAAAUUAAGUUAGUUUUCUUCAUUUUCAUCACAACCCCACUCACCAUUUCACCAUCGCACAAAAGGCACACUCCACCACCACUCCCCACCAUCACGAAAACAGAGAGAUCGUAGCAAACCGUGUAUAACUCUUGGGAGACAAAAGAACUUCACAUUGCAAUUAGCUAAACAAAGAGCCCAUUACUACUACUGCUACCACCACAGAGAAAGAUCUAGCAAAGUGUACAGUAAACGAAAAGGAAGCACAGAGAAAAGCAGACGAACGAACCCAAAUAUCCCCCAUCCCGAGCGCGCGGUGUUGUACCAGUUUUUGAGUUUGUUCAUUUUUCUUACCGAAUAUUUUACACAUUCAUCUUUCAUUGUGAUUGGAUAGAUCGGCCCCGACGACUUCAUUUUUGCGGAAAACCAGUAACUAAUAAUUUGUUGUAUGAGUCAGAAAGCCGAAAGACCAGUACUAUCAGGUCAACGCAUUAAGACCAGGAAAAGGGAUGAAAGAGAGAAGAAUGACCCCACGGGAUUCCGUGACGCGGUCAUUGCAGGUCUCGAUGCAGCUGAAGAUCUAGAGCAAAUUUACAAGUACCUUGACAGCGCUGGUAAUAAACUCGACUAUCGUCGCUACGGUGAAGUAUUAUUCGAUAUCUUAAUUGCUGGUGGAUUACUCGUUCCCGGAGGAUCUAUCUCACAAGAUGGCGAGAAACCACGUACCGAUCGCUGUAUAUUCGCAGCAUCGGAAGACAUGGAAUCGAUGCGGAACCAUGAGCAGAUCUUUAUGCGGCUUAUGCGUCGAUACAAGUAUCUCGAGAAAAUGUUUGAAGAGGAGAUGAAGAAAAUUCUCAUCUUCAUCAAGGGUUUUACUCCACUCGAAAGGAUCAAGCUCGCUCGCAUGACGGCUCUGUGGAUGGCCAAUGGUUCCAUUCCGCCGCAAGUGUUGAGCGUACUAAACAAUGAACACCUGACGAAGGACGGGCUCGCGCUCGAGUUUCUGCUAGAGGUGUUCGUCACCUACAAGCAGGAAAAGGGCGGCAAUGCGCCUUUGGUGGCGGCAUUGCGCAAGAGCGGUCUCGACAACCGCCUGCUGGAGUUUCUGCCCUUGAACAAGCGCAACGAGGACUACCUCAAGACGGUGCUCGUCGAGAAGGAUCUGGCCGACAUCUUCAAGCUCCAUAUGAAUCAGGCGAGCCAGGAAGCGAAACGAGAACUGACGCAGCUGCUAGUUGAUGAUAUUAACGAUAACAAGACAAUUAAGGAUAUUAUCGCCGACACGAAGGAAAUGUCGACGAAAUCUAACAUUCCCGAGCAUGAAGUUGUUGGUCUCAUUUGGUCCACCGUAAUGUCGCUAGCCGAAUGGAACAAGAAAGAGGAACUGGUCACGGAGCAGGCAACGAAACAUCUGCGCACCUACACGCCACUGUUCGAAGCGUUCACCACCACGGACCGGUCGGAGAUGGCCCUGCUGCUGAAGGUGCAGGAGUUUUGCUACGAGAACAUGAACUUUAUGAAAGCCUUUUCGAAGAUUGUUCUGCUCUUUUACAAAACCGAAGUUAUCACGGAAGAUUCGAUUCUGAAGUGGUACAAGGAGGGCCAUUCGAACAAGGGAAAGAUGCACUUCCUUGAACAGAUGAAAAAAUUCAUUGAGUGGCUACAAAAUGCCGAAGAAGGUAUGUGUGCAUGUGCUUGUUAUGCUGCUUUUGUUUACGGUUUCGAUUGUCUCAUUUGGACAAUCGUCCGGUUAGUUGCAUCAUGGCAAACACGGACUGCAUUGUUGUAUUAGGUGUGCAGCGUUCGUUCUUGAAUUGAUGCGAUAGUAAAGUUGCCGCGAGUUCUACUUAUCUUUUUUUUUAUCGCGAAAUAGAAAGACGAGAGCUUAAGCAAUACAGAUUAUUAGUGUUCCACAUUUUGAUAUAAAUUUAGCCCACUCAAGAGGAAUGUAUCAUUCAAAUACUAAUGAUGUGUUUCUAUUUCUAUCUCCUCAUUAUUUUACAGAAAGCGAAUCUGAGGAAGACUAAAUCUACACUGUCGCGGUGGCGCUCAUCUCGUUUUUGUCGUCUUUUUUUGGAUACGUUUUUCAUCCCCCCCCCCCCCCCACCACGCACCAUUUUUAUCUACAAUAGCGCGCAACCCAUCACCACUACCACCACCACCACCAGUCACGAUCACAUCGCCUGGCGUUCUUCUUUGCAAUAAACUAAACGAUUCCGCGUGUGUUCCGCGCGCGCGCACCAAUUCAAACAACAUCCUUUAUCCCCCAUCGUCCCCCCCCGGCGGAACGCAGCAAAAGCACAACAAUACGUAUUCUCAUUUUUAUCCCCGUUAUUAUUAUUUUUUUUAUUAGAACAAUGAAAGCACCGUGGUGCUGAAUAGAACGAACAGCGGCUGCUGCUAACCCUUUCCGCUUCUCUCCAUGCUCUAUCUCCCGGGGCAUGGGAGGGGAGGGUAGAACCGCUAGUGAAAAGAAACCCGAUGGAAAAUAUAAUACAAAAUAUGGUUGAAAGGGAAAA